UUGAAUAAAUAAUGAGAGGCAUAUUCAGGCUCAUGAGCCUGACUGCCUAUUUGGAAUUUCUAAUGCACUCACUCUUUCCUCCACCAGCUGGAGUUGCGAACACAAAAAGAGAAGCCAUCAAUACCCUCUUCAAGUUCCAGCUUCCCACUCCCCACCCCCACUUCGGUUGCGGAAGUUUUUGCUUCUUGGUUUUUGUCCCAGAUGGACUUUUGCAGUAAAGCAGUGAUGUGAUAAAUCUUCGGCUGAUUCUCAACUUUUCCUGGAAAAAUGAGCCAUUCCCACCAUAUGGUGACGAACUCUGUGGACCACACCAGUACCAUGCCACCUUCUCACCAUCACCCAGCCACUUCAGCCUCCCACCUCCACGGAGGGGGAGACGGCAACAUGAUGAUGAUGAUGCCCAUGACCUUCUACUUUGGCUUUAAGAAUGUGGAACUAUUGUUUUCUGGCCUGGUGAUCAAUACAGCUGGAGAAAUGGCUGGAGCUUUUGUGGGAGUGUUUUUACUAGCAAUGUUCUAUGAAGGACUCAAGAUAGCCCGAGAGAGCCUGCUACGCAAGUCACAAGUCAGCAUCCGCUACAAUUCCAUGCCUGUUCCAGGACCAAAUGGGACCAUUCUUAUGGAGACACAUAAAACUGUUGGGCAGCAGAUGCUGAGCUUUCCUCACCUCCUGCAGACAGUGCUGCAUAUCAUCCAGGUGGUCAUCAGCUACUUCCUCAUGCUCAUCUUCAUGACCUACAAUGGGUACCUCUGCAUUGCUGUAGCAGCAGGGGCCGGCACAGGAUACUUUCUCUUCAGCUGGAAGAAGGCAGUGGUAGUGGACAUCACAGAGCAUUGCCAUUAACGUCCAACUCCAUGGUGCAGCCUUAUCGAUUGCAGUGGGAAGCAGUUCAAGACUGGAAGACAUUAUUCCUGCUCGAAUCUUCCCUUCUUGCUCCUUAACUCCUUACACACACCUUCUCAAUAGAGGUUUAGCUUACAGUCUCUGAGCUAAAGUAGUAACCCCUGACUGUUCUUCCUGCGCUGAGAUUCCCAUUUCUCUUGAGGUGUCUUCUCCUCCACCAUCAUCUUAGAUCCAAGAUAUAUGUUCUUGUCUAAUCCAGGUAGCUAUCUCUUCAGUGACUUGAUCCCCUCCUUUCUUUUUUAGUUUUUUGUUUUUAUUUUUAACAGACAAUCUGAAUUUGGUGGGGUUUUCCUAGGUCAGUGGUGGAAAAGGAUUGACUUCAGCUAGGAUUCAUGGCAGCUGAGGGAAAUUCUUGCCCAACAAAACCCAAAAUCCAAACUUAACACUAAAAAGUAAGUUCUAGUCUUUGGAUUCAAUGAGUGGGAAAUACGUUGUGCCUUUCCCUAGGUGUGAUGUGUUGCACCAAAACCUUAGUAGUGCACAGAGGGUGGUUUGAGACUACAAGUCUAGAGCUUACAGAAGUGUGCAUUUUGGGGUGGCUGACUCAUCCAUGGUGUUCCCACUUAGCAUUUUGAUUAGAAUGAACUUGCCAAUAAAAAAAAAAAAAGAUAGGACAAUCAAGUUGAGAAAAUAGACAUAAGUAUUUUAAAAUAAAACCAUUGACAUUUUACUUUAACUUGGUGCCUUGGUUUGUCACAACUGAAUGAAGCAAAAAAGUUUGAAUCAUUAUCUACCAUUGUUUUUUAUGUCUGCCUCUAAACCAGUGGUUUUCAAACUUUAGCAGGCAUUAGAAUCACCUCAAGGGCUUGCUAAAAACACUAGUUGCUGGGCCUCAACCUAGAGCAGUGAUGGCGAACCUAUGACACGCGUGUCUGAGGUGACAAGCAAACUCAUUUUUUUUUUU